AUGGAUACCUCGUCGAGACCCCCGAAGCCUGACCCACGCCUCCCAGAGACGGAAGCCAUGGACCUCGAGGACUGCAUUGUGAAGUUGAGCAUCGGUCCCAGCAGUGUUACCGUCCUCGUCCACAAGAACGUCCUCACCAAGAGCUCGGCCUUCUUCCAGAGGGAAGCAAAGCGGGAAUUGACCGGCAUGAAGGACGAGCAGGAGACCAUCAUACUCCCGGACGAGGACCCCCACAUCGUGAAGGGCUACAUCCACUGGCUGUACUCCGGAAAGUUCCCCAUGCCCGCCGUCGAUAAAGGUGCUCCGCACUUCCGCCGGCUGUCGUACGCGUAUAUCUUCGGCGAUCGGCGAAUGGACCCAAAGUUCAAGAACGCCAUCAUCGAUGCCUUCGUCGCUACCGCCGCCGAAUUCUGCAGCUACCCUUCAGCGACCACGAUGGCGAUUGUGUACGAGGAGACUCCGGAGGGGUGCCCGGCUCGACAACUACUGGCCGACUUCAUCGCCUACCGUGCUAAGAACACUCCGGACUGGAACACUGAGAUGGGGCGGUACGACAAGGCGAUGUUGGUCGAUAUUGCGAGGGCUAUGAUCCGAGUUCGUCCUCAAGUGGAUUUCCUUCCGGCGCAGAUGCUGAACCAGGCAUAUUACGAGAAGGAGAACUAG